GCUAAUAUCCAUUUCCAGAAGUUGGAAGCCAAGUGCUCCUCACCAACGUUCUAUCAAUCCUAUCUGGAGAUGAUUGCUGCUCAAGAGCUCUCCGAAAUUUCUUCAUAUGGAGAUCCGAUUCAAGUAUGAGAACAAAGUUCUUGAAUUCUAUAAAAAUGGAAAGGUCAAGACUGUCAAAUCGAAGAAGGACCCACAAAGGACGAUUCAAGUCAUCAAUUCCACUGUUGGAGGGACAAAAGUGAAGCUUUCGCAGAAGAAAUUGGGAGAAAAGCUUCACCUUCCCAAUUCUAGAGUUGAAAUUGGGAGACUUCCAGCCAAGAAUCUGGAUUGGAGCAUUAUUGGAAUUUCUGGGCAAAAUCCCUCUGGCCCAGCGAAGAAAACUCAUGUGAACAACGACUACAAGCUAGUCCUUGAACUGGUCAUCGCAUGCCUCGAAUGUGGAAGUGGAGGACAUGCUGAUGACAUCACCCAAGAGAGGGCCUUCAUCAUCAAUGCCCUCAUUACCAAGUCUAAG